AUGGGAAUAGACAUUGUUAACUUCUACAGCAGCUAUGGUAGUUACCACAACAAUAUUAUGUAAAUAUUUUCAAUGAUCACACUUUAGAAACAAAGCCAUUCACUUAGUUUGCAUUCCACUCAUUUUGCUUUCAGCUAUCUAGAUUGUAAACCAUUACUCAUUCUCUAUUGAUACAGGGUGUUGUAAACUAAACUUUGGUUUAAUAAUUCUUUUUGUUCUGGCCCUAGUCUAUAUGGCUGUAGACUUGUUAAGUGGAGUAAGAUUUAUAAUAUAUAUGAUACACUAAAGAUUCUUGCUUCGUCAUUUUAUAUUACAAUCACAAUCUUGAUGAACUAACACUUUGCCAAUGCUGAUGAAAAUCUAUGGAGUCAUCAUUUAUGUGUUGCCACCACUUUCCAAAUCACUUGUUGGAUUUUGUAAUUUAUUGGACAUGGAGUAUUUGAAAGUAAUUCUAUGCAAAUAAAUUUCUAAUUUUCUUAGAAAGAGCACCUGCCCUUUUAGACAAUAUUUUACAAAUAUUUGUUGCUCCAGACUUUGUAUUCUUGGAAAUAUUGUUCUUUUUUGGUUAUAAACCAUAGAUCCAUUAGGCUUGCAAGAAUCAAAUAGAAAAAAAUAUCAAACAAUUCAGGAAUUAAAAGAAACUUAGAUGAUAUAAUAUUAAAAAAAUAAAUAUAAUCAAUGAUUGGCAAAGAGCAAGUUGAUGUUAUUGAUUAAUAUGCAUAAUCAAUUGUUAAUUAUGUUGACAAUCAAUAAAAGAGUAUGUCUAUCUUAUAUUUUUUAAAGUAAUUUAAUUGAAAACUUCAACCAUUUAAAAAUUGAAUGAGGUGACAAUUGUACAUUACUAAAAAAAUUUAGAUAAAAUAAAUUAAAUUAGAUCAGAAUUUGAAGAAACGAAGAGUAUUUGUAAAUAAUUGAUUUUUUUAUGA